AUGCGGUCUCUCUUGCUUCUGCUCUGUCAUUACACCCCGUUACAGCACCUCAAGGCUGCAGCUACUGCUGCUGCGAUUCCGGUGUAUAUCCACCUCUUGCAGCAGCAAAACGCGCUGCAGUGGCACUGCACGCUAAGCACUUAUAGGACGCUGCUUCUACUAGAAAGAGCCGUCUGCUCGCAGCAACAGCAGCAGCAGCAGCAGCCAGCUGUCACCUCCGCCGCUUCUACGCCAGGACAAGGUCAGCAUCAAUACCAACAGCAGCAACAGCAACAACAAUCGGCUGUAUGGCCGCUCUCCGGGGUAGCUCCCUCAUUUGCUUACUGGAAUGGCUACGGCCCCAAUUUUGGGGGCCCUUCUCUUCAUGAGCUGUACGCACACCUCGACCGUGCCAUGCUGACAUUCCUUAACAGAAGAGCCCUUAUGCCGGUGCAAGAAGGAGGCUCUACAGUUCAUCCGAAGCAGCAGAAGGAGCAAGUGCAACACGAGCAGCAGCAGCAGCAGCAGCAGCAGCAGCAGCGGCUGUUGGAGGGAAACGGGCCGGGCCCCGUGUUUUCACUCGCCCCUGUGGACUGCCUCCCGCAGUGUCCUUUCGUGGACCGACUUGGCCUCUCACUCGACUGGCAGCAGCAGUAG